AAAAGCUGAAGGUUGUGGUGAGCCCGCGAAAGGUGAAGGGCAGCGUUGGUAGCCAGGUGUCACUGUCCUGCAGCGUAACCGGCUCAGAGGAGUACCAUUUAUCCUGGUACCGCAACGGAGAGCUCAUCUACCCCAGCAACAGCGUUCGCAUGACGGGCCAAAACAGGGAGAAUCUGGUCAUGGCUGGUAUGGCCAAGAGCGAUGGAGGAGCCUAUCAGUGUUUCGCCAGACACGCCAAGAUGUCCGCCCAGGACUUUGUUCAAGUCAUCCUGGAAGAUGGUACCCCCAAGAUCCUGGCUUCAUUCAGCGAGAAGGUCUACAACAUCAAUGAGUUUGUGUCGCUGUCGUGCACGGUGAAGGGCACGCCGGAGCCCCGGGUCUCGUGGACUCUGGAUGACGAACCUGUGAUACGGGACAGCCGCCACCGCAUCUCCCACUACAGCAACACCGAGGGCCAUGCGGUCAGCCACCUGAACAUCAGCCAGACCCAGGUGCCAGACGGAGGGGUGUAUCGCUGCAUCUGCAACAACUCGGCCGGGACCGUUUCCUACCAGGCGCGAAUAAACGUAAGAGGGCCUGCCAGCAUCAGAUCAAUGAAAAACCUCACUGCCAUCGCUGGGCGGGACAUGUACAUCCACUGCCGUGUCAUUGGCUACCCGUACUACUCCAUCAAAUGGUACAAGGACUCCAAUCUGCUGCCCUACAACCACCGGCAGCGGGCCUUUGAGAAUAACGGCACCCUGAAGCUGUUUGAUGUGCAGAAGGAUGUGGAUGAAGGAGAAUACACCUGCAACGUGCUGGUGCAGCCGCAGCUCUCCACACACCAGAGCGUCUAUGUUACUGUGAAAGGUAUGAACCUCCAUCCGACCUGUCUCCACUCACAGUUCAUGACUCAAUAUGGGAUA